AUGCAGAACCUGGGGCCCCAGUCAGUCAUCGUAGCACUUUUGAGCUCCAUCCUUCUCUCGGUGCCCCACAUUCAUGCACAAGAUAUCAAAGGGCUCCCAACAUGUGCGAAUGAAUGUGCUCUUAAUUUCAUGGCGAAUUCGAACUGUCCUUUGACCAAUCAGACUUGUAUUUGCAACUAUCUGUCUUUUUACGACGAAUGUGUAGACAAGGAGUGCAAUACCACUGAAUUUGCUUUGGCCUACGAGCCUCCUGUCCCAUACUAUAUUCCAGAAGCAACAAUUUCCAUCAGCAAAACCCCCCUCUGUUCACUGUCGACGCCGAACUUUCCCCGACCUUCAGCAACUGCCGUCGUGGCAAGCACAUCGGAGAGAGAAAGCACUUCGUCCACGACCACAGCUCCGAAAACGACAGACUCUGCGACGAGCUCUGCGACCACAUCGUUUGCACAGGCAGGAUCAGCAACAGCCACGACAAGCCAAACCUCUGCUGCAGAGCCGACAAUUUCGACUUCGACCUCAAGCGAGGCAGGAGGCCAGACGAACAAUAAUAACCCACUGAGUCAGACUCGGACAACUAAAAAUGGUAGCACAAGAACAAGUGGGGUAGUGCAAGUGACAUCUACCGGAGGUGCGCUAGUAGUGAAAGUCGUGGAUCUCAGAAUUGUAGCUGCGGGACUAAUGGGCUUUGUCAUGGCCGUUGUGUAGCUGCAAUUGCGAGAGAGAAUUUGAUCCGGGCAAUAUGAACAGAGGUGGUAUCCUCCUAUGUAAUCGUGUUUGUGCCAAACAGAGUUUGUUCAAAUCGGCUAUGCCUGUUGUUGACACUUGACCUCUCGUGGGGUCAGACAGUUUGAAAGUUAACAUGAAGUAGCAUAGUAUUGAAGGUAUUUUCGCCUGUACUUCCAAGAAAAUUUGUAGAAGGCUGAGAAAAACCCCCUCUUUGUCUCUUCUUUAUGCUUUGAAGUUAUCUCUACAGCGUCAAUCUUCGAUUUCAGGGGCUCGCUUCACUACUAAACAAGCUUAGCGAGACAAUUUUCGCGUGAAUCUCAUAUAAACAGAAAUUUCAAGCAGGCAGAGAUAUUCCACGGGUAGAUGGCAAAUCUUCAAGUAUGAUACUAUCAUCAACUCUAGGUUUCUCCUUCUCAGACCAGUGCUCCUAUAUAAUCAACAAGUGAUAAAUAUCUUUCAUGGGCACAUGUCUUAGAGUACUUGGAUGAGCAGCAUUGAUCACAUGAUCCCGUUGAAAAAGGGUUUCUUUACGUACCACUACAUCUGCGGCUCUCGUUUGUCUCUGGAACUAUCAUUCCAGGCUGCGUUCAUAGGUUCUUCAAGAUUGUGCGUAGCUGAUAUGUGAAGUCAGUGGAGCCAGCAUCAGAGACCAGAAGCUCAAAAGAUAUUACUCAAGACCAAUGCUGCAUCCGCUCGGAAUGGAAAUGACUGCAAACUAUCUCCACAAGAAAACAAAGUGCGAGCGGCGUGAAACA